GUCACGGCAACAGCAGGCAAUAAUGGUACCUCCCUCUCAACACGGACUGCUCCCUUGGAAGAGUGCUUCCGACGAUGCGAAAAUGGAUUUGUCGGCUAAGUAUCAGAAACUUGCAACUGAAUACGCUAAGCUGAAGGCACAGAUCCCAGUACUGAAAAAAGCAUAUCUAGAUGAGCAGACAGAAUGCGGUACUAUAAAGGAGCAAGUCAAGGAGAAGGAGCAGGCAGUUCGCAAGUAUCAGCAGGAGGUGGACAGCCUGGCCUUCCGUAACCAGCAGUUGUCCCGCCGUGUCACUGUGCUACAAGAGGAACUGGAUGCUCUUGAAAUGCAAAAGAAAAAACACAAGAACAAAGGUGGGGAUGUUUCCAGCCCAGAAAGACUUCAGCCUAGUCUGAGUGUGGUUGACGAAGAACUGCAGAAAAAGAUAGAAGAGAAUGCUAGACUUCACAGUCAGCUGCAUGAACUGUCAGUAAAUUAUGACCAAACAAUAUCGGAGUUGGAGGGGAAACUGAAGACUUCAGAGCAUGACCGUACACAACAUGAGGAUGUGCUGACAACACUUAGACAGAAUUGUAAAGCACAAGUAGAACGGCUUCAGCAAGAAAAGGCUAUGGUUGAGGUGAAACUACAGUCUCAAGAAGCAGAAAACAGAGAGUACAGAACAAGAUCGGAAUUAGCUGAGCAGAAUUUAGCAACUGUCACCCAAGAUCUACAGUCAAGACUCUCCAGCGCCACUAAAAUUAUUUCGGACAAGUUACCUUUUAUUGACACAAAACACAGGGACAUAAAUGGAUUGAACCUCCCAACCCAUGAUCGCAAACAUCAGCUACGAUCUCGGGAACUGAUUACACAGGCUGCCAGCCUGGUUGGGGAGCUAACCCAGGGUCUGUCAAACUUUUUCACAUACAGUGAACAGCGAUCACGCAUCUACCCAGCUGAUGGGGUUACUGAGCAAUAUAGUCCUACUACAUUUAAGUAUUGUAAAUAUCUUCAUGAAAAUUUAGCAUCUCUUCGGCCUGUAGAACAGUCCUUGAAGAAGUUCGCAGAGGAGCUUAGAGAUGACUCUUUAACUGUACUGGAAACAGCCACUCAUCUUCAAGCAUUCUCCAAACAUUUCACUAAUCUUGUAGCUUAUUGCAACAAGCUUUUACCUUACCAAGUGUUGAGUCUGGAAGAAGAGAACCAAGUAUCAUCGUGCACAUCAACUCUUGCUGCCAAAAAUGUUGAUCUUCUGAAGUCACUAGCUCGUCUCAAUGCCAUCUUCAACAAACUAGAUACAUAUGUAGCAAUUCUAGCUGUUCAGAGCAAACAGGGAGAUGGACAUCCACAGUGUAGCUACCCUCGUUUCUUCAGAAUGUUAAGCAUUGCAAUGGAACAGUUUCAUGAAGCUGUCAGAGAAGUGUCUAAGCAUUAUAACUCUAAAGUGUCCCUUGAGCACCAGCUGCCCACCGCCACACAGAAGCUGAAGACCACUGAUGAGUGUGUGGUGUCUUCACUUAUUUCUCUUGUCACCAGCAGUGGAAAGAUGUCAGCUUUCUUGUCUGGUAACCUGGAUUUCUUCUCCGAGACUGCUGGGUAUCGUACUCGAGGAAGUAGCAUUGGGACAGAGAUUGCAUGGGAUGGACCUCGUUCGCAUCCUGCAGUGUCAGAUUUUCGUCAGAAAGCUGCUAGUUAUCUUUCCUGUCUUAACCAGCAUCCUCGUCCAGAUUCUGUGCCUCAUAGGAUAGCUGUUCAGAAUCGUAAAACAUUGUUAAGCUCAGCUGAGAGCAAGGAGGGCCUGGCAAAGCAGAUACUGGUUUUCCAAGAGCGUGUGGGUCGCCUUGAGCAGGAGAAGGAACACUGGGUUCUAGAGUUGCAGCUCGUGAAAAUCAAGUAUGAAAAUGAACAGCAGAAAGUGAAGAAGCUGGAACAAGAGAUUGAGGCUCUGCGCAGCUCAAGUGGUGUUGUCAGUACCAUAUCCAGUGCUGCAACAAGAAGCUCAGUUGAAGACAGCAUAGAUAUGCUGUCUCUUUCUCCCCAUUUUGAUAGACGAACCGAAUCCACAGGCUCAUCUUCUGGAAUGUCUGCAGAGACCAGCAUGGUUGGUUCACUAGAAGUACAGCGUGAUACUGGGGCAGGCGAUGCUGACACAAGAGAACAGUUGAUCAAGAACCACUUCACUCAGCGUAUCAAUGACCUCACUCUGCAGCUGCAGUUGGCUGACAGUAAAGCUGUUGCCUUCCACGCUGAGGUCAGGGCAUUGCACAAGCAGUUGCGACUGGCAGAACGCAGCAAGCAUUUAUCCGAGGACGAGCUCAAGUCUGCAAGUCAGACUAUUGCUCAGCUCAAGGAUGAGCUACAGACAACAGCUAAGAGCUAUGAGGGUCAGUUGAGCAUGAUGAGUGAACACUUGGCCGGCAUGAACGAGAAGCUUGCUCAGCAGAAGGAUGAAAUAGAUGAACUACGGGCGGUACAAGCACAGAACAAAAAUGUUCUCAGUAAAGUGACAAAGAAAUCAAAGAAGUAAAUUACAUCAUUUAUAGUUUACUACCAAUGGUUCUGUUCUAGACAGCUUUUUUACACUCAUCUGCCUUUGUGUGAUAUGAGCAGUAUGCUGUUUUGUGACUGGAAACCAAAUGAACUUCUUCACUUGAACAUGACACAUGAUUGUAUGAAUAUUUGUAUUUGAAGUACACAGAACUGAUGUAAGGAAGAUGUGCAGUUUUCACAAAAUGUCUUUAUUUUUGUGCUUGAAUGGGCAUACUAGUAAGACUAUAGUUUUUGCUAUAUCCCCCCUUUUGUCCAUCAGUUUGCAUCCUGGAAGUGAAAAAAAACUUGAUGAAAAAGUGUAAAUAUGAUGCAGUUUUCCAGUCGUCACUAUUACAUGAUCCUUACUCUGUAUGUGUGUGUAUGUGGUACCCACAUGUACACAAACAAGCAGUAAGUUUAAAGUUAAAAUGCCAUGACUUAAGGUGGGGUGUAUGUCUUUUUCUGGAUACCUGUUAGACGUUUCAGAAGUAUUCACCUGGUAAUUGUGAAAUCGAGCCUUUUCAAUGUUGUGAAAUUAUAUCUUUUUGAAACCCAGAAAUUGUAACUGUCAGUCACCAUAAUGAUCUGUGUAUUGUCCAGUGUUGGUAGGUAGAAGAAUGCAUUAUUAGGAAAUCUUCGUCUCACAUUUUUACUCAAUCUCCUUGCAUGAGUUGUAUUUAUGGGUGAAGAUGAAAUUGCCUAUUAAUCACAGCAUGUUGGGUGGUUCAUCACAGAAGGGAAGGACUAAAUAGUACAACAUUUAGAAAAGGGAAUAUUUGGAGACAUGGUUGUGGAUUUAAAGGUAUUGUGUACUACUGUUGACAAUCUAUAUGCCUGAUGCUUGUGAAAUCUGUUGUCAGAUGCUGGCAUGUGGGUGUGAAACAGAUGUAUCUGUAGAAUAUUGUUUUUUUCAGUAACAGUUUUUGAUUUAAGUUUUUUGGAUAAAGUACACCCAAAACCUUAAUCCAAUUGCUUCAGCUAGGUUUGGUCCUUUAUUGACUUGUCUGUAGUUGUUAUUUGGCGACCUUUGCUUCAUUUUGCUAUGUAAACAGAGUUUUCUCACCUGUGAUAUUAUAAAUUUUUUGAUCUUCUUAAUCAUCCAUUUCUUAUAGCAGGUUUUGCUGUAAGCAUAUUUUGUGGCAGCAGGGAUAUAGCAUUAUAACAUUCCCACAAAGUCUUUUUACAGCAAUACCUGGUGUGAGUUGUGGGCAAUUAAGAGAGGCCUUAUGGUGAAUGUUUUCCUGUUGUUCGCCAGACCUUGUGUACCCCACCUUGCUCAAUGUAGUUCUUUGAGCCACUUAGCGGGGUUUAAUUCUUUGAGCUCAUUUGUGUGGACCAUACAGUUUGACAAACCCUUAAAAAUGGACAAACCACAUUUGUCAAGUUGUGCAAUAUGACAGGGUGAAGCUUUUUUAUAUAUAUAUAUAGGUGCACAGAAACUUAUCAGAUCUUUGGGACAUACUGGAAACAGCAUAUAAAGUUUUCUUAACGUAUGCUUUGUGCAAAGCUGAUGUUCAUAGUGCAGUUGACAGCUGCUAUAUAGAUGUUUGUGAUUGUGUAAUCUGUGGCAUACUGAAGAGGAUGGGAGAGGAGAGGAAGUUAUUUGUCAGCCCCAAUCAACACAAGAGUGGUAGCCAAAAAUUCUUGUAAUGGAAAGUCUCAACAUAUUUCUUUAAGUUUACAGAAAUUAAAUUUCUUGGCGUAGUCCUUUAUAAAGUCUUUUUAGUCUUCUACAAAAUAAUCAAAUGAUGUGUGACUGGGGAUGCAUUUUGCAUCGCUGGCCACCCAAAACCCUGAGCUAAAAAGAUGUUAGCCAUUGGUUAUCUUUGUUACUAGCACUAGAAGCAGGGAUAAAGUUUCAUUUGUCAGUCAUUACAACUGAUAUUCGAGUCCCAGUAUGUCCAGGAACAGAAGUAUUACAAACGUGUUCCUCAACUGCAAUUUUUCUGGUCAGACAAAUGAAGGUAUUCCAGAUGUGUUCACUAAAGACGAUUUCAAAAACUGUU